AUGGCUCAGCGCAUGCAUGAUAGCAUAGGAGUCGUGCAGCAACAUAUCGCUGACAAGAAUAUCAUCUAUGGCAUGAAUACUGCGCCCGGGGCAAAUGCCGACGCAAGGCCAACGGACUACCGAAAGCUACAAAGUAGUUUCUUCCAGCAUCACCAGUGUGGCAUCCUACCUGAAACUGCUUUUGGAGCGACGACUACUAGCGCCAGCCCUAUGGCCCUUCCUGACGACGUUGUCAUCGCAUCGGCUGCCGUUCGAUGCAAUUCUCUGGUGCGUGGGCACUCUGCCAUUAGGUACCAUGUCGUGGAGAGCUUGGCCGACCUGAUCUCGCGUGGAGUCACUCCUCUCAUUCCAUGCCGCGGCAGCAUAUCGGCGUCUGGCGAUCUCUCGCCUUUAUCAUAUUUUGGUGGAAUGCUAGAGGGAAACAAGGGAGUCUCAGUGCGGCUGCUACGCUCAGAUGGCACACAGGACAUUGUAACAGCUUCAGAAGUCUUGCAAGGGUUGGGCAAGGAUCCAAUUUCAUUUGAGGCCAAGGAGGGCUUGUCCAUCAUGAACGGCACAGCGGUUAGCACUGCAUUCGCGGCCCUCGUGCUUCAAGAUUGCCAAGACCUAGUAAUUCUAUCGGAACUGUUGACUGCAAUGGCAGUCGAGGCGUUGUGUGGGAAAGUUGAAAACUUCCACCCUUUCAUCGGCGCAGUCCGCCCUCAUCAGGGGCAGAUUGAGGUGGCGGACAAUAUUCGCGAUUUUCUGACCGGAUCAAAAUUGACUGGUAACGAAAGCAUUCCGCAGACGGGACUCGCACAAGACCGGUAUUCCAUCCGCACGGCUUCCCAAUGGAUUGGCCCCUUAAUAGAGGACAUACGCACGGCGGAAUCGCAGCUCAAAGUUGAGCUGAAUUCCACAACGGACAACCCUUUGAUCGACUCGAUGAACGCACGGAUCCAUCACGGGGGAAACUUCCAAGCAGCUGCUGCUACCUCAGCCAUGGAGAAGUCGAGAACAGCAAUUUGUAUGUUGGGCAAAAUGCUACUAGCUCACUCUAAUGAGCUAGUGAACCCGGAUUUGAACCAAGGACUUCCGCCAAACCUUUGUGCGGACGAGCCCGCGCUCUCGUUCACUUGUAAAGGCAUUGAUGUUAAUAUGACCUCUUAUUACUCAGAGAUGGCCUUCCUUACCAACUCGGUUGUUAGCCAUGUGCAGACGGCAGAAUCCAACAACCAAUCUAUCAACUCUCUAGCUCUUGUUUCGGCAAGAAUGACGGGAAACUCGGUGGAACUGCUCUCUAUGAUGGCUGCAGCGGAUAUAUACCUCUUGUGCCAAGCGGUUGAUUUGCGAACUAGAGAUCAAAUUUUCCUUGAGGAGGCUCGCAUAGUAGCACGAUCCAGUUUCCUCGCUUUGAGUUUUAGCGAUUUAGAGCAGGAGGGUUCAGGUACUGCAGCAACGUUUGACACGUGGUGGGGUUGUAUCUGCUCUUCCUGGAAGCGGAACAACAGGCUUGACUCUGAACCGCGCAUGAAACAGGUCACUGCAGACAGUCUGGUUUUUCUGCUCAACGAGCCUUCCCUUUUGACGGCAAAAGGCCAUCCCAUUCUGAACUCCAAUCUUCUCGAAUGGCAGUGCCGUUUAUCGUCUGAUUUAUUGCGGACGUAUGUUAAGGUUCGCGACGGAUAUUUUGAGAGACAACCAACUCCAUCAUAUCUCGGAAUGACCACACGAAGAUUGUAUGAGUUUGUACGCUCCGACCUGGACAUACCGUUCCAUAAAGGCGUAGACGAUCAUCCUCCACUGCUCUCUGUUGAUCAAGGGCAACAAAGAGCUUUCAGUAUUGGGCAAUACGUGAGCCGCAUAUUCGUAGCAGUCCAGGACAAGUCAAUCUUCAAAUGUUUUCGCGAUACAAUGGAAUAUUAG